GCUUCCAUCCAUAGGCAUACCGGUAGUUACUUUCUGAGCUAGGCAAGUUGGGAGACCAGGUCACGCAGCAACAUCACACCAUGUGGAGUAACAAACCUUCACUGCAUUUCUAAGAAAGAGGAGGAUCGGAGGUAGGUGUCCUGCGUUGCAUUUUGCACGUGCUGAGCGGCGAUGGCCUCAAAGCCAGCUGCAUCGCCGAAAGAGUUGUUCCUCAGCUAUGGACGCGAGCGCGAGGUGCUAGAGUUUGUGAAGCGUCUCAAAGAGGACCUCGAGGCCGAUGGCUUUGGCGUCUGGCUGGAUCAAGACGAUAUACCUGCUGGCUGUGAUUGGCACGCGGCAAUAGGCAGUGGCUUGGAGCAGUGCAAAGCCCUUCUGGCGGUCGUCACGCCGAAAUAUGUCACAUCUCGUUACUGCACCAGCGAACUCUAUGUGGCCGACGGAGACCAGAAGUCGAUCUUCCCGAUCUUUUUCGCCGACACGGACCUCUCGUCGGGUGAGCGCGCCCGGGGUGUGAAGUAUGUAAUUUCAGGAAUCAACUGGACCAUGUUCAGGCCCAACGUGGACGACUAUGACAUGUCCUUGGAGAAACUCAAGUUCGGCCUCCGACAGCACGAUCUGGGCAGCACCGCAGUACUUGCCCCCGGCACUAUGGCUAGCCCAGGGCAUGCAGCAGCGGCGGCGCAAGGCACCACUGGUGCUGUAGCUAGUGCUGCUGCUGAGGCAGGUGCUGGAGAUAGUCUGGCCUCUGCUGUUGACCAGAUGACGCUGUACUCAGCACCAUUGACGCCACAGCCGACACCAUCCAAGCCCACCGCCAGCGAGUCCCAGUUGCCGUCGGGCAGCGGUGCACCAGUUCCUUCUGCCCCGCCGGCGCUGGGAGCGGACGACGUGGACGGGACUGGCCUGCCGUCGUACGAGUCUAGUUUGUUGAUGACCACAGUGCAGUCUGGAUCAUCCACCGCCUCGCCAUUCUCCGGUCAUUCACCGUCGGCCUACCCUGGACAAUAUCCAGCUCAAGUCGGUGACCAGCCCCGACGCUACCCGAGUCCAACUGGCGCAGCAAUGGCGACAUCGCAAUCGCCGAGUGCGUAUAUGUAUGCCGCUCAAGUGGCGCCUCCCUGGCAGAAUACAACGCCCGGCCAGACCUACUACUACCCGCCGUAUGCCGUGCCGCCCGGGCAGCAGUCACCAUACCCACCAUCAAUCCCGGGCUAUCCAGCGCCGAUGGCCGGCCAUGCACAGCAGCGGCACCCACCACCGAGUGCCUACACGACGCCCACCCGUCCGGCACAGCAGCCCGUGUUGUAUAGUGACAACAUGGCCACGCCAGCGUACCGUCAUCCGUCACCGGUCUUCCCUCAGCAGCCAGGCGGCUUCUCCGUCGGCCAGAGGCUCGAGGCGGUGGAUCGCAUGGAUUCGCACACCGUGUGUGUAUCGACCAUAGUGGCAAUCGCUGAUAACGGACAGCUGCGUAUUAACUUUGAUGGCUAUGGCACUGCUGGAGAAUACUGGUGUGAUGCAGCCAGUCCUGAUAUUCACCCUGUUGGAUGGGCUGCUAAUAGCCGCAAGCAACUCCGGCCGCCCCCAGCACCUGCAGGCGUAGCUCCUGGUCAGUUUGAUUGGCACCAUUACCUGAGCUCAGUACCGGCGCAGGCUGCACCUCACCACCUCUUCACGGAGGCGCAGCGUACCGUUGCAUUCACCCAGCCGCCCACCCCAGCUCGUUCAGACGUCUUGGCAUCGCCGGGACGCGGAGACUGCAUACCCACCGUGCCGAACAGCCCGGCCGGCGCAGCUCAAUCCUCCUCCAUGGCCAAGACGUUCCGGCCAAACAUGGCGCUGGAGGUGGACGACCCGGACGCUCCCACGCUCACCUACCCGUGUCGCAUUCAGCAAGUCAACGAGGGGCAGAACAAGCUGUGUGUUCACUACGAGGGCUGGGAGUCACAUUACGAUUUCUGGGUUGAGAGCAGUUCUGGCAUUCUACAUCCUCCGCACUGGUGCCAACAGGUUGGACGUACACUCCAGAAACUGCCAAGCUUAGCGUUCAGUGACUGGGAGAGCUACACGCUGGCGAAUGGUCUGACGCUGGCACAAGAUCAUCUUUUCAAUGACGACCAGAGGCGGCGGCCCAGCCCGGCGAGCAUUUCCCGGCGUCCGAAUCUUCGCAACGUCGGUGUCAGCGUGCAGGGUCUGCGACCGGGCAUGGCGGUUGAACUGGACGAUCCUGCUCAGCUGAGCCUCACGUACAUCUGCACCAUCAUAGACGUCGAUCAAGUUGGCCAGCGUGUGCUGCUUCACUACGAAGGCUGGAACGUGAGCUGGGACUUCUGGAUCGGCGUUCAUGCCACGGCAAUGCACCACAUGGGAUGGUGCGCCAGCCAAGGGCGAUCACUGAUCAUGCCAGGAGGUGCCACUGGUGACUGGCAGGCAUACCUGACCGAGCAUAGCCUGGCAGCGGCCACCAAGGAUCUAUUCGACGAGCGCAAGCCUGCUUCGAUGGGUCAAUGGGAUCGUUUUGUGUGCGGCCAUGCACUGGAAAUCACUGACCCCGCCAGCCCGACUUUUACUUACCUUGGCUCGGUGGUGGAUGUUCGUCCCGAGAGCCAGAGUAUCCGAGUCACCUACGUCGGCUGGGCGAAUCGCUGGGAUUUCGACGUGGACCUUCGCACCAACACUGGUGUACACCCUAUCGGCUGGUGUCAAGCAACGGGUCGCAUCCUCAUUCUUCCUGGCAGUUAUACGUCAAGCGUGGCUGAUUAUUUGAAGGUAGUUGGUAUGACCGCAGCACCGGCCAGCCUAUUCGCCAGCUGCCAGAAGCAAGGCAUGCCGGGUACAGCAGCCACCACCACCUCCUCCGCCACCACUUCCCCUAGCACUCCUACCAAAAGUGCCGCUGGUGUGCCAUCCAUCUAUCAGGUCUGCGCCGGUAUGCGUCUGGAGGCCGUGGACAGAAAGAAUCCCAGUCUGACUUGUGUGGCAUCCAUCAAGGAAGUGAACGAUGCUGGUAACCGCGUGGAGAUCUAUUUUGACGGCUGGUCGGAUUCAUACAACUACUGGUGUGAUUUAACCGACAAGGAUAUACACCCGGUGGGCUGGUGUGCGGCGAAUCACACGGCUCUGCAGCCUCCGCAUGGACUGGCGUUUGGCGGCUGGGAAUCGUACCUGGCGCGGAACAAUUACAAGCGUGUACCCAUCGGUGCCUUUACGAAUCUGCAAAAAAGUGGCAUGAUCACGAGCAAUGAGGCCACUGCACCUUUGUCCUCUGCUAUCAAUAACGUGAGCGUUGGCAUGCGUUUGGAGGCUGUGGACAUACAGAAUCCGAGUAUGACAUGUGUGGCGUCUAUUAGCGCCGUCGACGUCAGGGCCAACACAGUCGAGAUUUACUUUGACGGCUGGUCUACCAAUUUCAACUACUGGUGCAAGAUUAGCGACACCAACAUCCACCCGAUGGGCUGGUGCGGCGCCAAUGGAAUAGAGUUGAACCCACCGCAUGGCAUACCAUUUACCAACUGGUCAAGCUAUCUAUCGAAGCAUGGUUAUAGAGCCGUACCGAAACACGUGUUCACGGAGGCGCAAUGUUCCGGUAUGAUCAAGGUUGAGAAGCCAGCUGCACCCACGGCCUGCUUGUUCAAAGUCGGGAUGCGCCUGGAGGCGGUGGACCGCCAGAACGCCAGCUUGGUGUGCGUGGCCAGCAUUGCCAGCGUGGACGAGGCCAAGAAGCGCGUGGAGGUGCACUUCGACGGCUGGAGCGACGGCUACAACUACUGGUGCAGCUCCGACAACGACGACAUCCAUCCCAUCGGCUGGUGCGAGCAGAACGGCAAAGCUGUCACGCCACCGCACAACAUGCCAUUCAAGAGCUGGGAGUCAUACUUGUGCGAUAAUGGAUUUCAAGCUGCUCCCUUCUCCCUAUUCACGUCGUCCCAAACGGGCGGCAUGUUCCGUGAUCACCUGAGGGCAUCGUCCGGUGUCAAGCCACCGUUCCUGUUUGCACGAGGCAUGCGACUGGAGGCCAAGGACAAGCAGAAUCCAAGCAUGGUGUGUGCGGCGAAUGUAAUCGACGUGAGUGCUCGUGACCAACGAAUUCAGAUCAACUUCGACGGCUGGUCAUCAACGUAUGACUAUUGGUGUAGUGCGGCCGAUCCUGAUAUCCACCCGAUUGGCUGGUGCCAUGCCAACGGUGUCAGCCUGCAUCCGCCCAAAGAUUUGGAGUUUAAGUCCUGGGUGGAGUACUUGUAUAAACAUGACUAUGUCGCCGUGCCUUUCGAGGCCUUUACGGUGCAGCAAACCCUCGGCAUGACCCCGCGCUCUAGCCGCUUCUCCCCCGGCAUGAGGCUAGAGGCGCGCGACCGCCUGAACCCGCAUAUGAUGUGCGUGGCCAGGAUUUCCGGUGUGGAGGGCAGCAGCAUGCUGAUUGCGUUUGACGGCUGGUCGGAGAAGUACGACUACUGGUGCAGUCCGGACUCGGACGAUAUCCACCCUGUUGGCUGGUGUGACCGCUUCGGCUUUCAACUACAGCCGCCGAAAGGCCGAUCUAGCGCUGAUUUCAACUGGAGGUCCUACUUGCAGGAGAUUGGUGCAGUUGCUGCUCCCAAGCGACUGUUCACAGACGAAGGUAGCACGCGAGUUGGUUGCUUCAUGAAGAGUAUGAAGCUAGAAGCAAAGGACCCCAAAAACCCUGGGUCCCAGCCGGUGUGCUGUGUGGCCUCGAUAGCUCAGGUUCGGGAAGGCCGUUUGCUCAUCCAUUUUGACGGCCGAAGCAAUGGCGGCGACUACUGGUGUGAACGAUCAUCACCAGACAUUCACCCGAUCGGCUGGUGUGCUCAAAGUGGUCUGGAACUGCGUACACCACCUGGAUCGACGGGUCGAUUCAUCUGGUCCGAGUACAUAGAGUCGGAGAAUGCGCGUGCAGUGCCGACCUAUCUCUUUACGGACUUGCAGCAGUGGAGCUCCACGGCCCGGUGCCACUUCAAGCCUAGCAUGAGACUGGAGGCCAAGGACCGCAAGAACCCCUCGUUGACCUGUGUUGCCACGGUGCAGACGGUACGAAGCGACGGCGAGGAGCUGCUGAUCCACUUUGACGGCUGGACGGCCAAGUACGAUUACUGGUGCAACCGUGACACGCACGAUAUUCACCCUGCCGGAUGGUGUGCUAUGUAUGGGGUCAAGCUGGAGGCUCCGCCAGAGCCGUCUCAGCUUCAAGUGGGACCAGUAUCUGCGGAGUUGCCAGGUGGAAAAGGCGCCCGACGCGUGUUUCGCUCCGGCCAGUCUGAAAGGGCCCGGCUAAGCCGCGUCUAAUGUCUUGGUCCUGGCGACUCUCCCGCAACAGUAGAAGUAGGCCACGUUCUGGCUGCUGAGUAUUCAGUGAACUCCACAGGCUACACAGUGGGUCUGCAUCCCUAGGACAGAGGGGCAGUACACAGUGGGCCUGCAUCCCUAGGACAGAGGAGCAGUUCUCUGCCAUUCACCUAGCCUGUGCUCUGUUAGUAAGGGUAUGAACAGUAUCAACUGCGCACUCUGGACUACACACAUACACACAUACACACACACACACACACACACACACACACACACACACACACACACGCGCGUAAGCGAAGUCGGUUUUUCGUAUUUCUCAGAACUUUUCUCUCUCUCUCUCUCUUUAUUCUCUUGGAGUUCGCUACUCCUUGAAUGUUUUGUCUUGGGCGUAGAAAUUAAGACGAUCGUCCGAAGCAGCUGGUCUGCCUGGGCUGCAGCCUCGUGCUGGUCCGCUAACGAGCCGUCUUAACUAUUAUUAUUCUCCACUGAAGGAUAUUUUUACAGUGAAGCUGACUGAGUGAGUCCACAGCUUUGUAUGUGUCAAUGUGUAUUGUCAAAAGAAUUAGCUACCAUUUUAGUUACCUACUGCUGCAUCGUUUUGCUUUGGAGAAAAUAAUUCUAGUUUAGCCAAA